UGGUCCGAGCCUGCAGUGGUAAAACUCCCGGGCGCUUUCGGAUGACGUCAAGACUCUGGCGCAGCCGCACGUGGUAGAGUCGGAAAGCCGGAGCUUCAGAGCCGGUGUUUUUGGACGUUGGGUGCAAGAAGCUAAAGUCGCAGGCCAAGCAGAGGAGGAGAGCGACGUAGGCAAUGGGCAAGAACAAGGCAAAAGGGCAGAAGCAAAUAAAUGUAUUCCAUGUGGCCAACAAGAAAAUUGCAAAAGCUAAAAGUAAAGCAAAGCCAGUAACAACAAGUCUAAAAAAGAUCAAUAUUGUGAAUGAUGAAAAGGUUAACAUGGUAAAUAAGAUAUUUACAGAAGUACAAAAAGAAGUUAAGCAAUUGUCCAAAGCCAUUUUGUCAGACCCUCCAAAGAGGCAUCAGAUUUCAAAGACCCUGGACUGUGAACCAGCCAAUGUGGAUGCUGCGGCUAACUUGUUGUCUCAAUUGUAGUGCCAAAACCAGUGUGUCUGCAAUCAAUAUCACAUCUCCCGGUACAAAGUGGAAGGGAUAGCCUAUACAGCACUGGAAAUCCGCUUGUACAAUUUGGAAAAAACAGAUUUUUUUAUGGUAGAAUCGAGAUGUGUACAACAUGAGAUGUGGUAGUCUUCAGGCAACAGCAGAUAUUUUCUACGGAUUCUUUAAGAACAAGAACAUUCCCACUGGUAUAGGGCUGUGUGUAUAUAAAGGGGGCCUCGUCAUUUUUUCAAACAGACAAAAAUUGUGAGACUUUUUACAAACCAGUAACAUCAAAUGUACCAUUAAAACAAUUAAGCCUAUAAAUCACAAUAUAAUAUCAGCUUUACUAUCCUCUCUUAGUUUGUUAAAGGCAUGUAAGGAGGUUAUAAAAAAGCAGUUGUUGAAUUUGUUUGCAUCAUCCAGGAUAAAUAUAUGACAUUCUCAGUCAGGAUUCUACUAAGGAGGGGUGACAUAAUAGCAGGGAUAUCAGAAAUGCCACAUACCCCUUUUCACAUUUCUAGCUGCAGGAAAAUUGUGCUUGGAGGAAAACUUAUGCAACCAUUUAGAUUAAUACAUCUUACUGGGGGCAGUACUAAUUUGGUGGUGCAAAGCCCCCACAUUCUUACUUAUGGGCAAAUCCAAAAGGAAAAAAAUGUAAUGGUAUGGGGGUGGGGGAGAAUCAUAUUUGGUUAAAGCUUUGGCCUAGACAUGAUGCUAGUACAGUCUCCUUGUACAUGAUUUGUAAUAGCCCAAGUUUUAUUUGGGGAUGUAAUUCACACAUCAUUGGCAAUGUAUAGUGUCAGAACAUUACAUACUAGCUUGUGCAAAAAGAAAACUUGGGCAAAGAGUUGGGGCAUUUCUGGAGAGAUUAAUAAUAUGAGAUUCAGUUUCCCCAAUUCUUUAUUCCUAUGUGUUGGCAUGGGGGCAUCAUGGGUUGAAUCCUGACUAAGUCAGUCCCUAAUCUUACUCUGCAGCAACAUUAAGAGGAUAAAAUGAAAGGCUCAAGUGUGUUGCCUUACCUUGGAAAGUUGGUGGACAAAAUACUAAAUAAUUCUGCAAAAAUGUUGCAAUAAUUGGUAACAAUUUCCAAGUGGGAAAAGGUAUGACAAAAAAAUAGAUUAAUGUAAGUGGUGAUCUGCUCAUUCAGAGUCUGCAAUAAAAAGAUCCUGUUUCAGUUAA